AAAAAAUCUUCACACCUCUCUGACUCUCUCUUUCUCUCUCGUAUCUAUAAAUCAAAGCUCACAACAAAUUCACAAAAUCAUCUGACUCUCAACUAUGAGAAAAAAAUUAGGGUUUUAAAAAAAAUCAAUCAUCAUCGAUUUCAACCAAACGAUGCUUGAGUGUCAGUCGAUGAUGGAGAAAUUAUCACCGUUCAUGGACAUGGCUUCGUUAGAGAUCGAGUCUCUGCGAAGGAUCAAACGCACCAAACGCGAUGAAGAAGCACAAGAAGAAGAAAAAAAAGAAGAAUCGGAGGAGUCUACGACGUCGUCUUCGUCUUCGUCAUCAAACGCGUAUUUCGGAUUCCCUAACUUACCCAAAGAACCGACGAAUCGCGAUUUCGAUCAAAGCGUUUUGUGCAGAAUCCGCGUUCGGUUACCUGACGGGAGGAUAACGCAGAGGAGUUUCUUGAAGAGUGAAUCGGUUCAGCUUCUUUGGUCGUAUUGUAAUUCGCAGAUUGAUGAAUCGGAGAGGAAUCUGUUUAAGCUGAUCCAAGCGUUUCCUGGGGAUUAUAAGACUCUUCAUUAUGGAUCUAAUACGACUUUUGAACAAUCUGGUCUUGCCAAUUCUGUUGUUUCGGUUUCUUGGGUCUGAAGUGAUGAUUGAUUGAUGCUUCUUCUUUUAUUUUUAUUUUUAUUUUAUUUUGGAUCUGUAAUUAGCAAAAAAAAAAAAGCCAAAAUUGUAGCGAUUUCUUGUUUUGUUUCUGUUGGAAAAUUGCAAAAUUUCAUGGGGAAUGAUUUGGUUUCUUUCUUAUUGGAUUCUUGAUUUUGUUGGAAUAGUGAAAUCGCUUGUU